CCUCAUCACGUGAUCCGGGUUGUCCUUGGUUACAGGCCGAGUCAAGUUUUUGCAGAGACAUGUGAAGCAAAUCGUGGAUCAGAACAAUCAUGUCUUUCUCCAACAAAACCGGCAGCAAGGCGUUUGAAGCCUUGCGGAACCUGCCGCGCCUAUCGCUGGCCAACCUGAGGCCCGAGCCCGGCGCCACGAAGCUCGGGAAGCGUCGGGGCAGAGGGCAGCACGGCGGCAACCGGAGCGGACGAGGACACAAGGGAGAGCGGCAGCGAGGCACCCGGCCUCGACUCGGCUUCGAAGGCGGAACGACCCCUUUCUAUCUGGUCAUCCCCAAAUACGGCUACAAUGAAGGGCACAGCCGGCGUCCUCAGUACCAGCCGCUGUCCCUGGGGCGCCUUCAGUACCUCAUCGACUUGGGCCGAGUGGACCCUGGCCGGCCCAUCGACCUGACGCAGCUGGUCAACGGGCGUGGCGUCACCGUGCAGCCGCUCAAGAAGGACUUUGGUGUGCAGUUGGUGGAUGACGGUGCCGAGAUGUUCUCGGCCAAAGUGAACAUCGAGGUCCAGCGUGCGUCCGAGAAAGCCAUCGCGGCCGUGGAGAGGAACGGCGGCGUGGUGACCAGCGCCUUCUACGACCCCAUCAGUCUGGCCAUCCUCAUCAAACCCGUCCCGUUCUUCCAGCGCAGCCAGCCCAUCCCCAAGCGCAUGCUGCCCGGCGAGGAACUGCUGCGUUACUACACGGACCCCGAAAACCGUGGCUACUUGGCGCACCCCGAUGACGUCCAGCGAGCCCGUCUCGCCUUGGCCCUCAAGUACGGCUAUGCGCUGCCAGACGUUUCCCGAGACCGACUGUUUGAUGUGCUCGCUGCGCGUAAGGACGUGCGGCAGAUUUUCUUUGGACUCGCCCCGGGCUGGAUCGUCAACAUGGCCGAGAAGAAGAUCCUUAAGCCCACAGAUGAGAAGCUACUGAAAUACUACGCCUCCUAGUGGACGUUUUGUGUAUUAUGUUUGUAUGUAUUAGCAGUGGCUCACAAGCUCGAGUCAUCAAAACAAAUUGUCAUCAUUUGCAAGAGUUGAUAUUUAUACAAGGUGCCAAUAAAACAAGCGUGCUACUCAAAA